AUGCCUUUCGAGGAUUCUGGGGGACCACAACAUCGUCCUCUCCGCGGCCAUGACACACCGGAUCCAAUGGACAUCGACGGCUCAGCCAGUGAUCUCCAGCAUGUAAGCGCACAAGCGACUGAACGCUACGUCGACGCAGGCUCAUGCAUUCAGAAUCAAGAACCGUCAUCGAGCUCAAAUCUAGAAGAUACGAAUGCUGGAAAAGAACAACGAUCUCUCUCCGCUCCUUGGGAAGGGUAUCACGAGGUCAACGUAUCACCGGCAAGCGGAGAAUACCGGCCUCAUGAGAAGGACGUCUCGUACGAUCUGACAAGUUCCAAACGCGACGAAGGCGCAAUACACGGCAGUGGAAAGGAUACCGACAUAAGCAAUAAACCGAAGACUGGAACCCGCCAAUCGAUCUUCAGUUUUUUUUCGGGCUCGGAUAAACGAGAACCAAAAGCAUCUGAAGAUGCCUACAGGACAGAAACGAGAGUGGCUAUAUCACGGGCCAAGUUGCAGAACUUCGAAGAAGCAUACGCAAGGUUGGAGAGAGCCAAUGGCGACCUCAAGCGAAAGCUUCAAGGGGCUCGCGCAAAAAAUGAUCAACUGUUCGAGCAAUGGACGGAGGGAAAAGUGGGUGGCCGCUGGAAUCCUCUGCCGGAUGAUGAAGUCCGCCAGCUACUCAAGAACCUCGACAACGACAUCACAGACUGGGCCGCGAAAUGGGCUGUGAAAGGUCUGGAUCUGGGAAGGGGGCCAGAUGAAUUCGUCAUUGAGUUCGCAGCGUAUCUUUCGCCAUUCGUGAGAUUGACACAAAAUGGCUCCCUUCCCACCGUCAUAUGCGGACCUCCUGCAAGAAUGCGGGAGAAAAUUCCUGUGCUGCUCUUGAAUGGUGGUCUGUGGGAUACAAUUCAUACCAAGUUUUUCAAGACCCCUUUUUGGUGUUUCCCAAACCAUUCGGAGGCUUUGCACGACAUUUUUAGCCAACUGGCCAAAGGGGAUCCUCGAGAAGCACAAGCAUGGCGGUGCUCGCUGUGGCGGCUUUUGUCUCCAGCUCGGACAUCCGAUAUGACGAGGUCUCAGCAAGAGGUUUAUGAAGACACGAAAAACAAAAUCAGUGAUUUCUGUGACACGGUAGCCUCGCAUUUCGAAAGUGGACCUGCGUGCUUCCUCUUGAAGGCCGAAUCUGAAGAUCACCAACGAGACCACCGAGCAAAACAACUCCGCGAGAUUUUGAGGGACGCAGCGGCAAUUGCGGAGAGGCUUUGGACUCAGAACUCUUCUCUUGAAACUGUCGACCUGAAAUACAUCCAGGAAAGAAAUUUGACGUUUGAUGUAUCAUCACCACUCUUGCAAGGACAUAGACAAAGCAGACUCGCCGGGAUUGACGAUGAUGACGAGGUCAACAACGGCCGGAAGAUUCUUAUUGUGACCCGACCGGGGCUCGUGAGGGUUGAACAGAAUGAAGGCAAUGGCAGUGGUCGAACUCUGGCCAAAGCCAUUGUCUGGUUGGACGAUCUCCCGCAAGGACAAGGAGCGAGACGGUAA